AUGACCACCAUCGGUUUUAUACAACGCCGACGUCCCUUCUACGUGUCUUUCGAUUGCAUUCUGUACCCGCCCCGAGGGUUUGAUGAACUUGAUAGAUGCUAUCAGAUUGACUCUACUUCCGACGGCGAGAUAGGCCAAUCAGCGGGCUGGAACCUUUUGACGUAG